AGUGUCCUUGCAAACUGAAGGGGAAAGGUUGUAUUUGUUGCAAACUGAGUCGGCUUGUAGGGCUGCCCUGCACAAGUGGUGAAUACUACAGAAAUAGUUGUCGACCGGGCUAUUUAUACAUGGGAUUUAUUCGCAUGGGUUGCAGCCUAUAUAAUCAUAGUUUAUGAAACAUUAUCGUUCUGCUUGUAUCUCUUUUGCCCGAUUUGUUCUAUGUGUGCGCUCAGGGCUGAACGGAAAGCGCACGUCUCUUAUUGACGUUUUCCCUCUGGUUUAAAAGUUAAUAGUAAAGGGGGUGGGGAAUGAACGUACGAGGGGACUGUAGCGCUAUUUGAUCACGGUUGAGCUUUGAAGAUCAGUAAGCAUUGAGCCGGGCCCAAGGACGCAGAGAGCGAAGAAGUCCGCGACUCUGAAUUAAUGUCCGCGGUCCGCGACUGGAAAAGAGAAGUGUGGAGACCAUAUGGCACUGGGAAUAAGGAAUUAUAUACGUUUAUAACUCCACCAAAUGGAAUUAUUAUAAUGGAUGAACGUUAUAGGGAAUAUAGCCUUCAUUGGGAUUGGAAGGAGAUCUGCAAUACGCUUUCAUGAAUCAUUUUGGAACCAGAAGGUAACAUCUUGUUGGGUGAGAACCAGGCGAAGGAGUGGUCUCAGACCAAAAGCAGCAACAGUCAUGGUUUGGAGAGCAGGCCUUCUGCUCAGCAUACUGCUAGCUACAGCCACACACACCAUGUCUGCCAGCUUCCCAGAGGACAGUAUACCCCUGGACGCUGUCGAUGCACACUUCUCGCGGCAGUACCCAGUGUUCCGAGGUCGUCCGUCGGGGAACGAGUCACAGCACAGACUGGACUUCCAGCUGAUGACCAAGAUACAGGAUACACUGUUCAUCGCUGGCAGAGACCAGGUGUAUCUAGUGAGUCUCCGAGAAUCCUACAGGAAUGAGAUCAUUCCCUACAGGAAGUUAACAUGGAGGUCAGGCGAGGCAGACAGAAAGAACUGUGCCAUGAAGGGGAAACACAGAGAUGAGUGUCAUAACUACAUCAAGGUUCUGGUUCCCAGAAAUGAUGACCUGGUGUUCAUCUGUGGAACAAACGGCUUCAACCCCAUGUGCCGGUACUACAGGCUGGAUAACCUGGAGUUUGAUGGGGAGGAAAUCAGCGGACUGGCACGAUGCCCGUUUGACGCCAAGCAGACCAACGUCGCUCUGUUCGCUGACGGGAAGCUGUACUCGGCAACGGUUGCUGACUUCCUGGCGAGCGACGCAGUGAUCUACCGUAGUAUGGGUGACGGCUCGGCCCUCAGGACUAUCAAAUACGACUCCAAAUGGCUGAAAGAGCCCCAUUUCCUGCAUGCAGUGGAUUAUGGGAACUAUGUCUACUUCUUCUACAGAGAGAUCGCAGCAGAACACAACAACUUGGGCAAGGCCGUCUACUCCAGAGUGGCUCGUAUCUGUAAGAACGACGUAGGCGGGUCUCAGCGUGUGUUGGAGAAACACUGGACGUCCUUCGUCAAGGCCAGACUCAACUGUUCUGUUCCUGGAGAAUCGUUCUUCUACUUCGAUGUUCUACAGUCCAUCACUGACAUCAUCAACAUCAACGGAGUUCCUUCUGUGGUGGGAGUCUUCACUACACAGAUGAACAGUAUCCCAGGGUCUGCAGUGUGUGCGUUCUCCAUGGAUGACAUAGAGAAGGUGUUCAGAGGACGAUUUAAAGAACAGAAAACACCUGACUCUGUCUGGACCGCCUUCCCAGAGGAGAGACUGCCCAAACCCAGGCCAGGCUGCUGUGCGUCUCUAACCCUGACCCAGGCCAGGUAGUCCUAUAAGACCUCUAUAGAGUUCCCUGAUGAGACCCAGGUACUAUACCUCAUCAAGUCUCACCCAGGUCAUGGACUCCUCCGUGACCCUAACCCAGGAGAUGAGCCCUGGUUCACCAAGACACGCUAUACCUACAGUAUGUCAGGUAACCCUGACCCAAGCCCAGUAUUGGAGGAGAUUGACCUGUUCAACAGAGCCAAGUGUCUGUCUAACAGUGAGGAUGACAGGCAUAUUUUGUCGCUCCAUGUUGACAGAGACACACACAGUGUGUAUGUAGCUUUCUCUAGCUGUGUGGUUCGCAUGCCUCUCAGCCGCUGUGAGCGACACACUAACUGCCACAAGUCUUGUAUAGCGUCCAGGGACCCCUACUGUGGCUGGAUGCCUCAUGGAGCCUGUGAGAGGAUCCUGCCUGGAGUUCUGUCUGGUUAUGAGCAGGACGUAGAGUUUGGGAACACUGUUCAGCUGGGAGACUGCCAUGUGUUUUUGGCCACUACAUCAGCGACAGAUUACAAAUCAUUUGGUGACCCGACCUCUGGUGUGUGGGAGAUCCAGGCGGGAGAAGCCAAUCAGAUGGUCCACAUGAAUAUCCUGAUCAGCUGUGUGUUGGCUGCCUUCCUCCUGGGGGCGCUAGUGGCCGGCCUGGUGGUGUUCUGCUACAGAGACUCCUUCCUCCGCCACAAGCCCCGGCACGCCCACAAAGAUGCAGAGUCAGCCCCCUCCUGCAGCGACUCCACCGGAUCCUUCGCUAAGCUCAACGGGCUCUUCGACAGUCCUGUCAAGGAGUACCAGCCAAGUCUGGACUGUCCCAAGCUGUACACCAACUUACUGAGCAGUGGUAAGGACCUGACGCCUAACGGAGACACCAAGACCAUGAUUCUCCGGGACGGCUGUCAGCCCCCAGAGCUGGCCGCCCUGCCCACCCCCGAGUCUACCCCUGUGCUGCAGCAGAAAGGCCUGCAGCCAAUCAGGAACCAAUGGGAGCGAGCCAAUCACCACGGGAAGAUCAACGGAUCCAGGAAGAACUCCAACUCUACCUCCUCCUCCAUUGCCAAGAGUCCCCAGUUCCACCCCAGUUCCCCCCCUCCUCACCCCCAGCCACACGCCCACCCUGCGCUGGGACACUCCCACAUCCCCAGCGCCGUCGUCCUUCCCAACGCCACGCAUGAAUACCGCAGUGGUUACCAUGGAAACCCGACAGAUGACGUCACGCCGCCGCGGACCCUGGACAGGAAGCCAGAGAACAUGGAACACCUGCAGGCCACGCCCCCUCAUUCUAAAGGAAGCAGGAAGGAGCAGAAGAGGUCGCUGGAUGCCAGGAACACACUGAACGACCUGCUGAAGCACCUGAACGAUGCUAACACGGCUAACGCUAGCUCCAAAGCUAUCCUCCAAGAGGGGGCCGGCUCAGCGCCCCGACCCAGCAGACAACACCUGAUGCUGGAGCCUCUAGGGGACAUCACUGAGGUUCCCCCCAAGGUCCCCAGCCGAGAGGCCUCUCUUUACUCCCCCUCCUCCUCCUCCUCUCUGCCCAGGCACAGCCCCACCAAGAGGGUUGACGUCCCACUGCCCUCCACCCCUAGCUCCCCCACAGGCAGCCUGGGUAUGGGAGGAAGCAUGAGCGGCACCCUGGAGAGGAGGUACGGCUCUCAUCACAGGAUCUCUUCUCACAGACACUCCCUCACCGCCACCUCUCCCAACGGGGUCAGUAUGGGGGUGUCGUUGUCCCACCAACACAGUAUGAACAGAGGGGGUACAUGCCCCCCACCCCCCUCCAGACUGGACUCCCAGAGGGGGCUUCACUCCCCCCAUCAACACCCCCACCCCCCCUCUCUGUCCCGCCAGAGCAGCUACAGUGGGCACGGCUCGCUCCCCCGCCAGGGGCUUAAACGGACCCCGUCCCUAAAGCCUGACGUCCCCCCUAAACCCAACGCCUUCACCCCACAGACUCCUCAGAUGAGGGUGGUCAACAAGUACAGCUACUAGGACACUAUAGACACUAUGGAGUGUACUACCAAGUGUACUAACUGGGACGGGGCAGGGGCACUACUGAGUGUGCUCUGGAGCCAGACUGGUUGUGAGAAGGCUUAGGGAGAGAGUAGGACCAUGUGUGUGUCAGGGUGUGUUCCCCGUGGAAUGAUCCAUUCCUUCACUCGAAAAAGAGAAAAUCACACCAGAUGUGACGUGGAGGUCUGUGUCCUGUCUUGUGGCUCCAUGUUUCUCUCCAUCUCACAACACACUGGUCAGUCUCCUCUAACCCUGACCCCUGGCCCUGACUCACUAACCCCAGCCCAGCCCCAGGACAUAAGGCAGGGUGGGGGUAGAUGGGAGUAGGGGUCCUGUAGGGGACUAGCGUGGCCCCCAGUGUGUAGCCUGGCCCUAUGAUCCCGACUGUGGACGGUACGAGGUCUAACUCCGAGAACUACUUGAAGAAUGGGUCUGAUGUCUCACUGUCACUAAGCACUGUCUUUUUGUGUCACAAAUGGCACCCUAUUCCCCUUUGUUGGCAACUACUUCUGACCACGGCACAUAGGCCUGGUUGUACCUAGUGCACUAUAUAGGGAAUAAGGGUGCUAUUUGGGGGACACCCUCUGUCUUCCCAUGAAUGUGAACUGGACUGAACUGAACAAGGGGGAGGAAUACAAUAGAACUGUUUGUAUCUUACCUGUCUGACUGAUGGGGGAGAGCAGUGAGGAGACACACUAAACAUAGUGUCCCUUUAGAGGUGUUUAACUCAACUAUAAAGACUGAGGAGGAAGGAAGGCAACAGAGAGAACACCACUGUGUGUCAGCUGGAGGGUAAAACCCAAUGUACAGCAAACACAUACACACACACUUUGCUUGGGGAGGUGAAAGGCCUGGCUGCCUACGUACCCUAACAGGGACCCUCUGUAACUCACUGGGAUACCUAGUAAACACGUUUGCUGCUAUUGGUUUAUGAUGAGUAAUGUAUGUUGAGUGUAUUUAGUCCUCUUAUGCGUCUGUACCCUACAGCUGCCGUUGUCAUGUGACGUGUGUGUGUGUGUGUGUGUGUGUGUGUGUGUGUGUGUGUGUGUGUGUGUGUGUGUGUGUGUGUGUGUGUGUGUGUGUGUGUGCGUACAGACCAUGCAAUUCAAUGCAGGCUUCAGUGACAUCAGAGUCCUCUAUCAACACAUACCACUCUUCUCAUGUCUCACACAGACACACAGAUACAAACGGGCGAUGCAGAGACCUUUCCUCCAGUCUUUCAAUGUAGCAGAGUGGUAUUUAGAAACAUUUCAUCCAACCCACUUCAACAGGCUGGUGUUGUUUUGGUUUUCUUUAUUUUAUUCAGAAAUGAAAGACGUAAACAUUUUAUGCAACACCAAUGGGUUUAGUUCUGUCAGGUUGAAAUGGCGUCCUGUAACAUGUCUGUCUGUCUCACCUGCCAACUGCAUGUCCAUCACUAGUGUUCGUCUCUGUGCUCCGUUGGGAGUUCACACACUGCUCUCUGUGUGGUAGUUGCCCCAAGGUACAGAUGCAGGAUCAGCUUACCCUCUCUCAAACCUAAUCUUAACCAUUUCCAGGGUAACUGAUCUUAGAUCUUCGGUUCUCUGGUUGCCAUUUUGGUUCCAGAGGCAGUGUUGUGUUUGCAGUUUCCCAGUGAGUGACAAGUGUACAAUCACACCAACAUCUACCAAUGUGUCCUACCGAGUCAUGCUGGUAAUGACAAGAUACUGUACAUAUUCUAAAUAUAUGAGUAUACAUAUUUUUAGGCCAGUUAACCCCAAUCUGUGCAUCGUGUGCCUUAUUCAACGAAUGAUCGAUAUACAGAAAUAUUGAGGGAAAAAUGUGAUUUGGUCCUGAAUGUCAUUAUUGUUACAAUAUAACCUAAGCAACUCUGAUUAUUUGAAUUCAGAGUGAAAUUUGUGUUCUGCAUUUCAAUUUGUAUUUAUCUACCAAACUGCAGUUAUUUUGAUUUUAGAACUAAGAGUCGGUUUAGUCACCAACAUUCCAUUACAGAAUGCCGGCUGAAGCAAAGCAUGCUGGGAUUACAGUAUCCGUAUAUGACCUCAUGAAGAAGAAGGCUGCUGAUAGACCAAGCUGAGGUUCCAUGCAGUGAAUGUACUAUUAUGGCAUGGGGAUGUAGACUGACUCUUGUCUUUUCUCUAAACGCUUUGCUUCAAAACACUCAGCUCAACAUGGCACUAUACAGCCAAUAUACAGUAAACAGUCAAUACAGUACUCAAUAUACCAUCCAACCCAGUAUUAAGGUAAACACCUCCGGGUAAUUAUUAUAGAUCAAAGAUGUGUAUCUAAUGUCUUAAUGAACUGUUCCAUUCGAGUGAGCAGUGGUCAUGUGACCGGGACAUGUAUAACAACAGGAUGUGGGUCAGAUCUCACAUUGACAAUGAGGUUCUUGAUUUGGGUACAUUCACUUUAUUUGGGGAAUUAAUUUGUCUGCCUGUUUUGAAACAAAAUGUGGCUUCGGGUUCCAAAAGAUAAUGGUAUUAAUUAAAGUCUGUUGUCUAUCAGUCGUCCUCUGCUAACCAGCGUUUGGGCUCAGACACACACACACACACACACACACACACACACACACACACACACACACACACACACACACACACACACACACACACCCCUGUUCCAUUCGUCCAGACAGGCUGUGCUCAGCUGUCUUGUGCAUUGCCAUAUUGACCUGGGUCUUUGUGUUGCAGUGUCAGUCUAAAGCCUUCCUACCCUCCUGUCUAUCUAUGCUCUGUGUGUGCAGAUGAACCAGCCUCGUUGACAUUACCUUUCUAAUACUGUUCUGAUUGGACAGUAAGCCCUCCUGAUGUUUGUUCAGAGUGUUUGUAGAUAUGUUGUAAAGUUGGAACUGUGAAUGUGUACAAAAUGAUCGUCUUUUGUUUCAGGACUUCUUGUUGAAUUUUUUUAACACGGCAUGUAUAGUUGAAAUAAAAUAUUACUGCACAGAAUUCUGA